CUACGGGAAAGCAAAGCGCGCGACAAGGUCUACAGCCUAUAGCUGGCUGUCAUAUACGCCAUGGAUUAUGAUUUUAAAGUGAAAACUGCAUUAGAGCGUGCUAAAGUAGAAGACCUCUUUGAUUUUGAGGGUUGUAAAGUUGGAAGAGGAACAUAUGGACAUGUUUAUAAGGCCAAACGUAAAGCCAGGUCUGGUCCAGACGGUCGAGAGUAUGCCUUGAAACAAAUAGAGGGUACGGGUAUAUCCAUGUCAGCAUGCAGAGAAAUAGCGUUACUUAGAGAACUCAAGCACCCAAAUGUGAUCAGUUUACAAAAAGUAUUUUUAUCACAUGCAGACAGAAAAGUAUGGUUGUUAUUUGACUAUGCAGAGCAUGAUCUGUGGCACAUAAUCAAGUUCCACCGGUCAGCAAAGGCCAGUAAGAAGCCACUAAAUGUACCAAAAAAUAUGGUGAAGUCAUUGUUAUAUCAGAUCUUAGAUGGGAUUCACUAUCUUCAUGCCAACUGGGUGCUACACAGAGAUUUGAAGCCAGCCAAUAUAUUGGUCAUGGGUGAAGGUGUUGAGAGGGGAAGAGUUAAAAUAGCUGACAUGGGGUUUGCACGGCUGUUUAACUCUCCACUCAAACCUCUGGCAGACCUGGACCCUGUGGUGGUAACAUUCUGGUAUAGGGCCCCUGAACUUCUACUAGGUGCUAGGCACUAUACUAAAGCAAUAGAUAUAUGGGCAAUAGGUUGUAUAUUUGCUGAGCUGCUUACGUCAGAACCAAUUUUCCACUGUCGUCAGGAAGAUAUCAAGACGAGCAAUCCAUAUCACCAUGAUCAGCUAGAUAGGAUAUUUAACGUUAUGGGGUUCCCGCAAGAGAAAGACUGGGAGGACAUCAGGAAAAUGCCAGAGCAUCCAACGUUGAUGAAAGACUUCAAACGAUCCAAUUACGCCAGUUGCAGCUUGAUGAAAUACAUGGAGAAGCACAAAAUCAAAUCUGACAGUAAAUCAUUUCACCUUCUUCAAAAGUUAUUAACAAUGGACCCCACAAAGAGGAUCACAUCAGAGCAAGCAAUGAAAGACCCUUAUUUCCUGGAGGAGCCUACCCCAUGUCCAGAUGUAUUUGAUGGAGGACCUAUCCCAUACCCAAAGCGUGAGUUUCUAACAGACGAUGACAAUGAGGACAAGACAGCAUCGGGAGCCAGUAAAGUAGGAGACAAGGGUGGAGGGACGGACCAGUCGGGUAGCCAUAAUCAGCCACCCAACAAGAGAGGGCGAGUGAUGCCUCCGUCGACAACAGCCAGCAACAGCAUGGCCUACUACCCUUACCAGUACAGAAAGCAUGUCCACAACAUGCAAGGUAGCCAACAACAAGGAAUGACGUCAUCUUUCUCAGGGAACUCACAAACCACCAACUCAACAGUGUAUGGACAAACACGGUUUUGAAGCAGCCAGUCACAAGCUUGGAUAACAUUAUGUCUCACAGUUGCCUCUACAAUGGUUAGAUCGCAUAUACUAUAUAUAACAUACAAUUUCGGUCAUGACUAAGCUACUAAUUUUGCCUUAUUCCAAAAGUCUUAUAGUCUUACAGAGUUGUUCUAAGUUUUGUGUGGAAGCUAGGAUGAUAUGUGUUUGGAAAAUAUGUUUCAGAGUCAAAAGUAAUAUUUUAGAAUUUUUUGCAGUUGCGUAUUUUCGAGCAAACUUCAACUUGAGGAACAAAGAGGAAUCAUUAAUUUUUAGCUUAACUGUUAUUUUUUCUGAAGGACUGCGACCUUUAUUUAUCUCAGGCUUGAGAGUUUAAGAAAGACUUAUUUGAACAGAGGUUAAAGUAAGGUUUAGUAUUCAGGGCUAGAUCAUGAUUUGAUGUUGAAGAUAUUACUUGUGUCAGCAAGCUUUCACCUAAUCCAUUGAUGAGCUCUCAACUUUGACUUGUAACCAGUAUGUCGUUUUCAAGGAAAACAAGAAGCAUGAAAGCGAGGAAUUGUAGUGCUUUAAGUUUAAUCUCAGUGUGAAGAAAAUACGUCUAUGGAUCCAUAUUAUUGUGCAAUCCCAGAAGGAUUUUCUGACGAAAGUGUGUGCUGUUAAGGGAACAAAGUGUUUGUGAGAAUGACGUGAGUAACUUACUCUGUGAGUAACUUCAAGAGUGAAAAUCAUAGAUGUGUGUAUGUUCUUGUAAGAUUGAUGUGAAAAUGUACGAAAAAAAACCACUGUCUGUAUGACUGGAUAUCUUGCAAGUUUUUUUACUGUUCACAGAUUUUACAGGCUAUUCUGAGAACUGAAAUAUACAGUUGUUUGA